AUGAACAGCCUCAAACUAGAGGACACGGCUGUCUAUUACUGUGCGGAGAACACAGUGAUAGGAAGCCUCAGCACAAUUAUGAAACAUUUGGGGAAAAAUAUGCAUCCCAAAAGCCCAGCACUUGAGGCCAAGAUGGAGAAGAUCUCCACAGCUACCAUAUAUUUCCCUUGGUGCUCAGAUAGGUUGGGACAAAGGACAACCAACACUGGUGAAUACCAGCAUGCUGAAAGUGAUGAAUUUGGCUUCGUUGAAACUAUCUGGCAACUUCCUAGCCAGAAAAGCAACGCUGAAACUGAUGAUGGACAGAAGCCCCAUGUAGCCCAAGACAAGAUAAAACAUAGCGACGAAACCUUCCUUACACUCUGCUACUAUCUCAGUGGUGCCCAAUCUGAAGUCCAGUUGGUGGAGUCUGGAAGGGAAGUGAGAAGAGCUGGAGAGUCCCUCCUUCUCUCCUGCCAAGCCUCUGGAUUGACCUUCAGCAGCUAUGAGAGGGGUUGGGUGAGAGAGGCUCCUGGGAAAGGUCUGGAAUGGGUGGCACAUAUAUGGUUCAAAUCUUACUGCUCUGACAAAGUGAAGGACCACUUCACCAUCUCCAGGGACAAGGCCAAAAGCCAUCUGUAUCUGCAAACGAACAGACUCAAAGCAGAUGACACAGCAGUCUAUUACUGUGCAAGAAAAACAGGGCAUCACAGAGCCAAAGCUGUCAUUGCUCUAAAGGAAAUGAGCUUCCCUGACUCCCCAAUGGAUCUUGCCAUUCUUCUUCUUUGCUUAGUAGCCACUCCUGGGUAUGUCCACUCUUCUGUCCAACUUGUGGAAUCUGGGCCAGGAAGAGUGAGCCCUGGAGGAUCCUUCAAAUUAACGUGCAAAGUGACAGGGGACUCCAUCACAAAUGUAUGGUGGGAGUGGAUCCGCCAGGCUCCAGGAAAAGGAUUGGAAUGGGUGGGCCAGAUAGACUGGGAUGACGAUAACUGGAGGACAUACUAUGCCUCAUCCCUCCAAAGCCGAAUAACGCUGACAGCUGAUUCCUCCCGCAAUGAAUACUAUUUGACCAUGAGGUCCCUGACAGCUGCAGACUCAGCCACAUAUUACUGUGCACGAGAGUCACAGUGA